AUGGUAUUCAUUAACAGUCUUGGUUUACCAUCUGUAUUAUGGACUCCCACAAUUGCUCUUCUUCAACAGUCCACUAGUUCUGUAAAGCCAAGCAUUUUGAAAUACGAUCGCUACGGUCAGGCUGCCACGACCUCUCAAGAUUCAGCCGAUAACAUACCAGGAAAAGGCCAUAGAUAUGGUCACGAUUUGGACCAUGCAGUCAGCGAUCUUCACGAGCUAAUCCUGGUCACUGUCCCGACGAACUCCAAGCUCUUCCUAGUUGCAGCUAGUAUUGGUGUUCAUAUCGCUCGACUCUACGCUCAAAAACACCCAGCUACUGUGGAAGGUCUCUUAUUCUUGGAUCCAAACAUCGGCAAUGCCGAAGCUACGGAUCUCCGGCCAAAUACUCAUACUCCUGACUUUAAAGAAAGCGAUGUGUUAGGAGAUGAUUUUGUGCUGGAGCAACACAUCGAAGCGUACGCUACAUUAGCACGAACAUUUCAACACUGA